ACUACACACACAUGCUAUCCUAUUACACAAAGCACUGUCUAUUUCACCUCACGCCAAUUAACUCUCACAUAACAUUAUAACACCCCACCCCCCCUUUCUCUCCUCUGUCAUUCAAAUUUAAUUUAAUUUGGGGGCUUUCAUUCAUUCAAUGUAAAUAAGCACAAAACUAUGGCAAACUACCAAUGUGAUCUCCAAAUCCAUGUCAAUGGCCAACAAACAUUCUUCCUCAAUCAGAAAAUCCUUUCAUCAUUCUCAGGGAAGCUGAAGAGACUGAUCAAACAAGAAAAGAAAAGAAGUCAUAGCAAGAAUUUGAGCUUUACCCUUGAUGGUUUCCCAGGAGGUUCAGAUGGGUUUGAGCUUGUUUCAAGAUUCUGCUACAACAAAGGCCGAAUUCCGAUCACAGUUCAUAAUGUUUCUCAACUCUAUUGCGCUUCGAUUUUUCUGGGUAUGACUGAUAAAUUCUCCAGUUGUAAUCUUCUGCAACAAUCUGAAACUUUUCUUGAAGAAAUGUUUCAUUGGUCGUGGGGUGAUGUGCUUUUCUGCUUAACAACUUGUGAACCUUUCUUUUCUUUGGCUGAUUCUAGUACCCUAAUUGAUAAGCUUAUCACCACUUUGCUUGCUAAAAUUGCACAAAACUCAGAUAUUUCCCUAAUAUUUUCUUCGAAUUCCUCCUCUUCGUCUUCUCCUGAUAACACUAUGUCACGAAGAAUUCGGCUUUCAAGUUCAUCAAAUAAGACUAAUACACCCGAUUUGAGCAAACCACUGUCAGGUUCAAGCACCAAUUAUACAAGCAGUAACACUAAAGCAUGGUGGUUUGAUGACUUAGCAACACUAUCACCCAUGGUUAUAGAGAGGGUAAUAAGGAAUUUGGGUGCUUUUGGAAGUGACAAUAACAGCUUAUUACUCACCAAAUUCACCCUUCAUUACCUUAAAACCGCGCUGCAAAGCAAGAAAAAGAGCUUAAUUUACUCGAAAGCUGAUUACAGCGGACUUGCAGAUACGGCUGUGUAUGGGGUGAUUCUGAUGGGAAGGACUGCAUUCUCUUGCAGAGCAUUGUUUUGGGUAAUGAGGCUUGUAACAGGAUUUGGACUUAGCAAAGUCUGCAGCAGUGGAUUGGAGAGACUGAUUGGAAGUAUGCUUGAUUCGGCGAAACUGGAUGAUUUAUUAAUAUCUGGUGGUCAUAGUAGUAGUAGUACUGAUGGGAGUAAUAAUGUUGGAGGAGUUUAUGAUGUUAAUCUUGUAAUAAGAUUAAUUAGAGUGUUUGUACAUUGUGAAACUGUUUCAUUACCAAGAAUGAAGAAAGUUGGGUGGUUGGUAGAUCAGUACUUGGCAGAAAUUUCACCUGAUCACAACCUUAAGAUCUCCAAAUUCAUUGGUGUUGCACAAAGUUUACCAGAUUCUGCUAGAGAUUGCUUUGAUGGAGUCUACAGAGCCAUUGAUAUCUACCUCGAGUCUCAUCCGACCCUCUCAUUUGAAGAACGAUCAAGGUUAUGUCGAUGCCUAAACUACGAAAAACUGUCAUUGGAAGCAUGCAAGGAGUUAGCAAAGAACCCAAGGAUCCCCCCUAGAGUAGCAGUUCAAGCACUUGCUUCUCAAAAACACACAAAUUACGAGCCCCCGUUGAAAUCAGACCAAUUAGAAUACUAUUGUGAGAGUCCUAGCAUAAUCAAGAGCAACAAACAUCAAAUUGUUGUGUAUGGAUCAAAACAACUAACAACACAAAAAUAUGAUCAUCACGACAAUGCAGAAGAUGAUGAUGAUGAUGAUGAUGAUGAUGAUGAUGAUGAUGAAUGUGUAUCAGAAAGAAGUGAAGAUAUGAAGUUGAAUAUGCAAAGAAUGCAAUGGAGAGUGUUGGAAUUGGAGAAUUUGUGUAAGGAAAUGAAGACUCAAAUGACCAAAAUGGUGAGCCAUAACAACAACAAAUCAUUUACCUCCCCUACAACAACAUACAAUAGACCAACUAGACUUUGUUAAUAUUAUAUUCUUGCCCCCUUUUUUUUUAAAAAAAAAAAAACUCUCAACAAGUGUAUAAGAUGAUUUUUUUUUUUUGUCUUUCUUCUUUUUAUAUUUUCCUCCCAAUAUUUAAAAUUUUGUGUCUUCAAUAUUGGUAUACUAAUUAAGCUUGUAAAUUUGAGGGUGUGUAUGUUAUUAGCUUGAGAAGUUACUUCUAUAA